AUGCAUCUUUUGGCUUUAGCUCUUGUUGGUCUCGUCAUUGGAGGUGUCUGGGGCCACACAGUCGAGGUGUUGACUGAACCAUGCCCAACACUGAGUAUCAAUCAAGACAGAGCAAACUAUGAUCCACCUGAGCCUACUUAUCCAGAAAGCUCAAUUAUCGCUGUGGAAGGCCCAACUACAGUUGAAGUAACUGUACUGUCUACAGUGAUCGAGUCAGAGCAAGCCACUCCAUGUGAUACUACUGAGUCCGCAUUGCCAACAGUCCCAUACGAAUCGGUACCAGAAUCUGUCUACUACCAUCCACCAAUUGAGUCCGAUGAUGUAACAACAUCGCCAGUGGAUCCAGUUACUCCAUGUGAUACUACACAGACUUCGUCGCCAACGGUGUUAUAUGAACCGGUUACAGAACCUGUGUAUCAUGCUCCAUCGAUAUUUAUCACUGAGACUACUUCACCAAGUCAGCAUGUUCAGACCAUACCUACGGAAUCUCAAACCCCGUGUACUGAAUCAAGUGCGGAUGCACCCAUCCAUUAUUCCGAGCCCGAACCUGUUCCCAUCCAGUCAACUACCCAGAUCUACAAAGCACUAGAGCCUAGUAAGAACGAUGUACCUCAUUACCACCCACCUGUCUCUAUCCCACUAUCUGAGCCCGUUCAUCCUCCAGUUGAUAAGCCUACUGUUAUCUUCCAUACGCAACCUGCCCCAUCAAGUUUCAAGACAUUUACCAGCAUUGUUCCUACACCUACACCUACGGAGCUCGUAGUUGAGCUAGAUCUCCGCGAUGCAACGCUGGGUCUUUAUGCAACAUUUAUCGAAAUUGACGGACGUCGAGCAAUUCGACUCGCGCCUCCUCCAAACUGUACGGCAAGUUUCACCAUUGAAGUCGAUGAAGAAGCCGACUUCCCUCUUGGUAGUUUUGUCACCUUCGAGGCUUCAAUCACAGUCGGAGACAUCUGCCCAAACACCAAACGGAGGGCAAAGAUAUUCGAACGAGCAGAUAGGAAUGACAAGAUACAGGUGAUCAAAGACAAUAAGAAACUCGUCAACAAGGAAAUCAAAAAGACUAAUGACAAAAUCGAAAAGUUAAAGAGCAACAAAUCCAUGGUAGGGGCAGGUCGUGCUGCGUACGAAAUCUUGCAGAACGGCGGCUCUAAUUCUCUGAGCACUACUUUCAACGACGCAUCCAUUCGGUCCUCAUGA